AUGACUCUCGCAGAAGACCUGAACACCAUCUCUACCUUCCUCUCCCACGAGGAAAUACAACUGGACCCCUCUUCAGACACUCAACACUACGACGCAAUCAUCCUCUGCGUCAGCGCCAUCUUUCACUGCGCCGAGACACUCUUCGAAGCCAUUCAGCAAAGAGGCUCAUCCCUCACGCCUACUCUGAUCCUCUGCGGUGGCAUCGGACACUCCACACCUCACCUCUACACCGCAGUAUCCCAAAACCCUCACUAUGCCCACCUCGCCUCUCGCAUCAACGGAUUACCAGAAGCUCAAGUCAUGCAGAAAAUUCUGAAUACCUGCUAUGCCACCGAUAAUGCCAAAACCUCCACCGUCAAAGUGUUGAUUGAAGAUCAAAGCACCAAUUGCGGUGCCAAUGCCACAGAAACGAAAAAGUUGCUCCGAAAGCACGGGAUUUCGGUUGUAGAAGGCAAAGUGUUGGUUAUUCAGGAUCCUACAAUGAGUUUGAGGACGAAAAUGUCGUUUGAAAAGGCUUUUGAAGAUGAUCAAGUGGUGUUUGAGGCUUGUCCCACUUUUGUGCCUGUAGUCAAAGAAGUAGAUGGUAGAUUGAGGUUUGACGAGAGUGGAGGUGUCAAAGAGGAGCAGUUGUGGGAUAUGGAUAGAUUUCUAGGAUUGAUUUUGGGGGAGAUUGUUAGAUUGAGGGAUGAUGAGAUGAGCUAUGGACCUAGAGGCAAGGGAUUUAUUGGGCAUGUUGAUGUGCCUGAGACUGUGCUCGAGGCAUAUGCCAGACUUGAUAAAUCUGUACAGGCAAAAAGGUAG